UGCUGCCACACACCUGGCCUCGCGUGCCACUAACCUCCUGUCCCCUGUCUCUCUGUCUCCUUUCAGCUUCUCAGACGUCCAACAUGGCAGAGGAGAAUAUCUAUGAGAGAAUAGACGAGGAGAACUUGUACGAAAAGCCUUUUGACGAGCCGGACCCCUCUGUCCAGGAGGAACCCAAGUAUGAGAACCAAAGCGCGUUUGCUGACGGAGCCCCAGUGGUGGAGGCGAUUUACAGCGAGAUCGAUGUUCAGGCCAAGAAAGGAAGAAGUUUGUCUCCGGAUUACAUCAACACUGAGGAAGCAGAGGAAAUCCAGACUGAAGCUCAGAACGGGGAAGCACUGUAUGAGGUUCCACCAGGGGAGGAUGGUGAAAAAGAAGAAGAAGAAGAAGAGACUUCCAGACACUCUUCUCCAUCUGAGCGCUUUGGAGAUCCCUGUGAUGAAGAGCAGCUAGAGGAAGACACAUAUGAAGACAACGCAGAGGAUGGGAUGAUGAUGGCUUUCUCCCUGCCAAGGGGUAGAGCCGCAGAACCAGCGGAAGAAAUGGUGGACUACAGUCUCAAACCAGUGCAAGACAACAGUGUUGAAGAAGAGGAGAAACCUGUAGAUCCUAAUCAGCCUGAAAUCGCACUCUUCGUCAAGGCUGGAAGUGAUGGGGAGAGCAUCGGGAACUGCCCGUUUUCUCAACGCCUCUUCAUGAUCCUGUGGCUCAAAGGGGUUGUCUUCAACGUCACCACUGUGGACCUGAAGAGGAAACCAGCUGACCUGCAUAAUCUGGCUCCAGGCACACACCCUCCUUUUCUCACGUACAACGGUGAGGUCAAGACAGACAUCAACAAAAUUGAGGAGUUUUUAGAAGAAGUGUUAGCACCACCAAAAUACCCCAAGCUGGCAGCCAAGCACAGGGAGUCCAACACAGCAGGGAUUGACAUAUUUGCAAAGUUCUCAGCUUACAUUAAAAACCCAAGGCCAGAAGCCAAUGGAGGGCUGGAGAAGAACUUGACAAAGGCUCUAAAGAAGCUGGACGACUACCUGAACAGCGCUCUGCCCGACGAGAUAGACGCAAACAGCAUGGAAGAAGAGAAAAGCUCUAACCGCAAGUUCCUGGAUAGCGACGACCUCACCCUGGCAGACUGCAACCUACUGCCAAAACUCCACAUAGUCAAGGUUGUUGCCAAGAAGUAUCGUAACUACGACAUCCCCACCGAUCUGACAGGACUGUGGCGCUACCUGAACAGCGCUUACGCCCGAGAGGAGUUUAUCAACACAUGUCCUGCAGAAAAAGAGGUCGAACUGGCCUAUCUAGAUGUAGCCAAGAGGCUGGUCAAGUAAAGCUUGUGGCAUCACUAUCAGAGCAAUUACACUUACAGUAGGUGCUGUCAGAAAUAGACGGCAAUGUCCUUUUUUUUUUUUUUUAUAGAAUUUAGUUUUGUAUCAUUGAAAACAGAUCUUGCAGUGAAACCACUAUGGUUAGCCAGAAUUCUGUUCUGCAACACAAAAUAAAGAAAUAUGAUGACUCAGUGCAGGCCAGGGAAAUCCCGUUCCCCUGUAGUGAUUGUGUCUGAACUAUCUGUCAGGGCUAGAUGAAUAGUUUUCCAUGGAGUUUUUUUUUAUCUAUUUGCUGCAUUUCUAUCAUUUACAGUAGAUCAGUAUAUUCUUAUUAUUUAAAGAAGAUAUUAUCUGUUAGUGACAAGCAUAUACAUUAUGUAUCACAGCUAAAAAAUUUUUUAAAGGGAUCGACUAAUUGGUAGAUUCUAGUUUCUAAUUUGAUGAUGAUUUUUUGAGAACAUAAAAAUAUUUGAUAGGAAUACUCAAGUUGUGUCAUACAUAAAUGAUUGUUAGGGGGGAAAAGAACAAGCGAGCACUGGGACAAGGUGAAAAUAGAAGCACAGGUUUAAUACACAAUGUAAAAAUCAUAUUUUUGAAAUGUUAUUGUUUUAAAUACAACUUUGAAUCAGUUAAGUAAGAUAUGAUACCUAUAUAUAUACUAUAUUCCAUGUUGGUACAUUAAAGAAAAACUCUUUCUUUUCAAAUAUAUACUUUAUUUUGAUUCCUUUAAAGAAAUGCUUUUUGUUGUGUUGACAUUUGACUUAUCGUUGUGUCAGCUGACACAUGUUUCCAAAAGAUUUAGUCUUGACCUCAAUUAUAUCUGAUUAAUUUGUAAUUUGUAUUUUGAGUUGUGUGGCAACGAAGAUUCAUGAUAUCCCCUAAUGUUGUUAAAUCAAGUUAAGCAGUCUAGUCGGGCUUUUCUCCAGCUCUCCUCCACUCUCAGCUCUGCUGAAAUAGCACACAGCUCCACAGACUUGAUAGGUCCUCAUGGAGCUCGCAGCUCUUGUGUGGCUUGGACAAACAUUUGAUAUGAAAGGGGAGUGUGGCGCCAGAGAGGCCUAUCCUGCGUGAACCUCUACGAAUAAAAUAAUAUUUUUACAGUUCAA